AUGAAAGAAAGCAAUAAAAGGAGUGUACACUUUGGUUUAUUUUUUGGAUCAAAAUAUUUUAUUUUAUGUAUGGUAUCCCUAAUAUGCGUUACUUUAUUAAAUGUAUGGACAAGUUAUGUAUUUUUAAAUUAUGGAACAAAAUUAAGUAAUACUAGAAUUUUAAGCGAAGAGAAAUCUUUAAAUGGUAGUAGUAAUCAUAUUGAAUUGAAGAAAAAAAUAAAAGAGGAAAAUGAAUCAUCAAUCGAAGAAUUAGAUGAUACUGAUGUUUCUCUUACUAAACCUAAAAAAAAACUUAAUGCAGUGUUUAAGGAGAAUAAAAAUUUUUUUAAAUUUCUAAUAAAUGAAGAAAUUUAUGCCGAAUAUGAAUUGGUUCCAACUAAUAAAAGACAUACGAAAUAUACGAAUGAAAAUGAUAAAGCAAUAAAUUAUGAACUUGAAUCAAUUAAAACGAGUAAGAAGGAUAGAUAUGAAAGAAUGUAUCAAUUAUGGACAAGAUUAGUACAAAACGAAGAGAAAAAAUAUAUUUUGUCUGUACGCAAAAUGUUUGAGGUUUUUAAUUUUAUUGUAAAUUUUUAUGGUGUACAUUAUGCAAAAGAAGAAGAAAUCAUGAAUGAACUAAGAGUAAAAUUUACUGAACUUUAUAAAAGUGUUACACCUAAUAUGAAUGAUUUAUUUAUUAGAUGGAUUACUGAUAAUGAUGUUUUAAAUCAUGGAGAAUUUGCAUUACUUGUUGAUGGUAGUAGAUACGUAUGGAGAAAUUUACUUGAGCAUUUAGAACUUACAUUUAAAGAAAUUAUUACUAAGCAUUUUAGGUAUCAAUUACGUUCCUUUGAAUUAGAAAGAAAUCUUAUUGUAUGUGAUGAUAAAUCAGAUAAUCCAGAUAAUUCAGAUAAUGUUGAUUUAAGAAAAUUUAAAAAGGAUAAAAAAAAUCUGAAAAAAAAAAAAAUUCAUUUGAAUAAGUAA